AUGUCGUCUUCGACUUAUACCUUCUAUCCGCCCGGGCCCGACACCGAGCAACAACCCCGCAAUACCUCACCACAACUUCCCCAAUACCUCAACCCCUUCUCACCACAGCUCGAUAGCACCUCAUCUUCUCCAGGGUUAAAUGCCCACACCCCCGCCGACUCGGUAUCCACCCUUAGCGUCCACUACCAGUCGAGCGAGUUCACAGAGGCAGACGAUCCAUUCUUCGGCGUUAGCUUCGACCCUCUUACCAGUGCCUCGCCAUCUUUCCUUGACGACGAGAUCCUAACCUUUAAUGACAACGGCCCACUUGCGGACGGCCUCGGUGUUCAAGUUGCGCCCGCCAGCACGCAGCAUGCGCGCCCAGCCGUGCCCUACUUGCCCCUGAGCCCCGACAAGAGCCCUUCGUUACCUGGGGGUUCACCGAACGGGCAGUUCAAGGACGACGCGACCACGCGUGGCAUGUUUCCAGCCUUUACCCGGACUUCGAUCGCGCCACAAGACUUGUCGCUCGCGCACCAAUCCUCUCAUGGGCAAGACGGCAAUCUCUCCGGUUUCCAGCUAACGCCGAAGACCAGCGACAGCACCAAAUCGAGCGACGACGGCGCUGCCCCAACUACCGUCAUGCGGAGUCCUCGUGUUACAGUAUCCCAUUGGGAUCGGGACUAUUUCGGAGUAUCCCAUGCGCCGAACACCAACCAACCACAGGGUGACGGCACUCCCGCCCUCGCGACAGACCGCGAUGGCACCGGCCGGUGGAUCCCCAACCAAGCCACUGGGCAAGGCGGCUUGGAUCCUACGGCCCGCUCCACCACUCAGGUCGAAAGUGUCAACGACCUGGCCGCCCAGCGAGAUCUAGACGAGCGCAAUCAGGAGGUCAAUGAGUGGUUGAAAAGGUCACGUUCCCAUUCCACCCCCCAUCGCGGGGAGCAAUCGAUGGUUGCGCAAAAUGCACCAAAUGUGCCAAAUCAUGAUGGCGAGGACGACAACAUACCCCAACGAGAGAUUUCCACGGGCGAUAGGACAGAGAAUAAACAAGUGCCUGGCCAAACAUACUAUGUCGAAACCGGAGGCGCACUCACACUCACCCACCAGGAUUUGGAGAUCAUGCGCCAAGGCCAUGUAUGGGAAGAUGCGCCCUCUCCCUUCUCCAUUUCCCAGUCAAACUCGACACCAUAUCAGCCGGAAAGCUCUCAGGCCGCCAUCGAGAAAUAUCAGCGAAUGUGCCGGGACAACGAUUCCAUCGUGUCGAGAGCUGCCACUUGGGGAACCCGACGGCUCAGCUUGCCCAGCAUCAUGGAUGCUGAAGUCCAAGUGGCCGGCAACCUCUUCAAAAAGCUAUCGCUUAGCCGGGGGGAUACGCGAAGGCCAAGUAUUCUCCAGAAUAUCCGCGGCCUCGUAAGGAAGCCGAGCAUCAACUCGGGCAAACGCAAUCGCCCUGACCCCGACGACGCAAGCUCCUUCGUGACAGUGUCUUCCAUAGAGAAGAAGGAAAACCAGGCCAAGCUCGCACCCCCAAGUCCAAAGCCGGGAUGGUCCAGGAAACAGAGCGUGCCGAGCAUCAACACCGCGUUCUUGGAUGUUGGAAACAGGAUCGCUUCUCUUGGCACCACUCAUUCCCGAGCAAGCUCCGUCAGCGCAACGCCCAUCACCUCGCCCAAGAGCCCGAGCGGCCGUAACUUGAGCGUGAAGAAGCCACUGAACCGCCUUCGGAGCAAGUCGGAGACAUCCGGCAUCGUCGACUUGUGGAAGAGGAGUGGCGGGCCGCCCGUGCCCAACACCAAGGCGAAUGCUCCCGAAGCUGACGAUGACGAUGAUGAUGAGGACGAUUUGUACGAAGACGGAGAUAUGCAGGACGAGUCGAACAAGCUUAUGGACGGUAUUACACCUAACCUGGCGGGCUUCCAGCAGCAUGUGCUGAAGCUAAACCCUCUCUUGGCCGAUUCCAACAACUACUUGGUUGAGCGCAUCGUCCACCAGCAGUGCCACCGGUAUAAGAACCUCUUGAACCUCAGGGUGAAGCACCUCCAGGCAGUCGCUGCCAGGAACUGCUCUUGUGGCUCCAUGUGUGUCGCUAUGGGCGGUAGCGCCAAUAUAUUGGAUUCCAAGGGCGGGGAACGCGGCCUCGACCCUCUAUCUGCAAGAUACGACGGCUCGGAUGAUCAACGCCACUCCUUCGGUUCACAAUCCGCAAUGGCCCACGUCCCAAUGCCCCGCCAGCCCGGCCCCAUGGCCUAUUCACAACAGACCCCGCCGCUGGGGAUGUACCCCAUCGCACCUCCUUCGCAAGGGUACUCGACGGCGAACCUCUAUAGCCCCAACUUUGACGGCCUCGCCCAUGGCAUGGCCCAGGCGCAGAUCAACAUGUCACCUAUGACACACCAUCAUCAGCACCAGAACCAACUCUACAACCAGCACCAGCAUCCGCAACAGCACCACGGCUUCCAGAGCCUCAACUCGCAGGCCGCCUUCCCGAACAUACCUGUCACGUCAUCUGCGGGGGCGUACAUGUCGGCGCCUCAGGCGAAUCCCAACUACAUGGCGAUGGCGUCGGAACUCGAACCCUUUCCGGCGCUAGAUAUGAAUGUGCUGGGGCUAGGGUUGCAAGAUCCGACUGGUGCGGCGGGACAGAUGCCGUAUGGUGCCGGUGGCAGUGGGCUGGUUGAUCUCAACAUGGGGCUCGCGAUUGAACAGCAGCAUCAUCACCCACAGCAGCAGUUCACUCCACAUGGAUCGGUAUCACCUUUCGUAAGGUCGCCAAACGCGCAACAGGGUGGCUUUUAUCCCUGA